CCUCCUCUGCCCGGAACCCCCUAAGUCAGUCAGGAUGGAGAAGGUGUGCUCGGUGCUGCUGUUCGUGUUGCUGGCGUCAUGGAGCGGGCCCGCCGCCGCCGACACCCCGGCCAACUGCUCGUUCCCGGACCUGCAGGGGACCUGGGAGUUCCAUGUCAGCCCCAGCAAGGGAGGGGCGCGGAGCCGAGACAUCGACUGCUCCCAGCUGGGUCCAUCUGAAAGGAAAGUAACCGUGACUAUUAAAGAGCUGGAUGUUGCAGAGGAUGACCUUGGAAAUGUGGGAUAUGUUACCAUAAUCUACAAUCAAGGGUUUGAGGUCGUAAUAAAUCACAUGAAGUGGUUUGCCUUUUUUAAGUAUGAACAGCAUGGCUCCAAUGUCACUAGUUUCUGCCAUGAUACAUUCCCUGGCUGGGUACAUGAUGUUCUGGGCCGCAACUGGGCUUGUUUUGUCGGGAAGAAAAUAAGUAGUUCCUCUGGGAAGAAACUGAAUCCCGCACCUUUCCUGCUUGAUGGAAGACACACCCCAUACAGAAGCAACCCUGGAUUUGUAGAACAAAUAAACUCUGUUCAGAAAUCAUGGACCGCAACUGCGUAUCCUGAAUAUGAAGGCAUGUCAAUGGAAGAUCUCCUCAAAAGAGCUGGUGGUCGUAAAUCUAGAAUCCCAAGCAUACCAUCUCCAGCUCCACUGCCCACAGAUGAGAAAUACCAGGGCCUGCCUGAUGCCUGGGAUUGGAGGAAUAUUGGAGGGUUCAACUUUGUCAGCCCCAUCAGAAAUCAAGGGUCCUGUGGAAGCUGUUACUCCUUUGCUACGAUGGGAAUGUUGGAAUCUAGAAUCCGUGUCAUGAGCAGACUUCAGCAAACUCCUGUCCUGAGCCCCCAGCAGGUGGUGUCCUGCAGUAACUACUCUCAAGGUUGCGAUGGAGGCUUUCCUUAUCUUAUUGCUGGAAAAUAUGCUCAGGAUUUCGGCAUUGUAGAAGAGGCAGACUUCCCUUACACCGGCAGCGAUUCACCCUGCACUCUGAAAGGUGACGCCUAUCGGUAUUACACAGCCGAGUACCACUACGUCGGAGGCUUCUACGGUGGCUGCAAUGAGGCUUACAUGAAAUAUGAACUCAUUAUGGGGGGACCUUUGGCUGUAGCUUUUGAAGUCUAUGAUGACUUUAUGGGCUAUAGAGGAGGGAUCUACCACCACACUGGACUGCAGGAUAAAUUCAACCCCUUCCAGUUGACCAACCAUGCUGUUCUAUUGGUUGGGUAUGGUGCCGAUUCAACAACUGGAGAGAAGUACUGGAUUGUGAAGAACAGCUGGGGCGAGUCCUGGGGAGAGAAGGGGUUCUUCAGAAUCCGCAGAGGAACCAACGAAUGUGCAAUUGAAAGCAUAGCAGUGUCAGCAAGUCCUAUUGCUAAACUGUAACAAGCUAUAAUUGAAGUUGUAUUCCAUUUUAGGCUCUUAAGUCCUGUCUAAGAGCAAAGGCCACACGAUGCCGGUAUUACUUUAGUAACGAUUGAAACUAAAUUGGAAAGGGUUGAGGGGGGGGGGGAUUGAUAAAGAAAAUGGCAGGUGUCAUGUAGUGAUUGCUCUUAGGCUAGGCCUUUUUGUGAUUUGUAAAUCUCUUGCUAUGGAGAGAUUUACCUGUUCACUUCCUUGGCAUGACUUUCCAUGUGCUGCACAGAAGGCGACUGCCAACAAGUAAUUGCAUCUCUCAGCUGCAAAAAGAUUUAAUUGCCAGUGUUGGGCAGGAACUUUACUUUCAAACUGGGUACAUGUUUGCUUUAAAGUCAAUUCAAAAGCUUGGCACCUUAAGAGACCCAUGCAUAUAACUGAGUUCCCCUUUGUUGUUGUUUUUGUGCUACAGUGACAUUACAGGUGAGGGGGUUUUGUCUACCUAAACAACCUAAAUGAGGUGGGCAUUGUCUACCUAAACAUGGUGGGCACUUUUUUUUUUUUUGCAGUGGAGUUGCCCUUUUAAAGUAAACCUCUUAAAGGUGGUUGCCAUAGCUGACUUUUGCUUCUGGAAAAGCUACUUGCCUAAUUGUGUGCUGCUCCGGAAGAAUUAAUACCAAGAUGGUUUUUGUAGAUUUGGAACUCUUGCUUCACUUUCUGUGUGUAGGGUGUGUGGUUUUUUUUUUUUUUUUUUUUGUUUUUUAUAUAUCGUAUUCUGUUCACCAGGGGACAAAGUACAGUCUAGCACUUUGUCUCAUAUUAAGUGCUGUGUAAGGCUAGCUAUGCAGUUGGGAAACAGAGGGCCAAAAGUCAACAGCUAAGCCCUCUUCAGUCUCUCCCCGACAUAUGCUGGAGUAGACAUGUGACUGUCACAGGAAUGACAGAUGUCUUUUGAUAUGUGGGUUGCAAUGACAAUCUGGCUUCUAUCUGCUGUGAGAGACAAGAUGGUGGAAACCAUUGAAUAGGUGACUGGUCCUCAGGAGAGACUCGAGCAGAGUAUCUUUUGAGUUAGUUUAAUGUCCUUUUCAGUACUUAAAUGUCAUGGAACGCAAGGCAAAGCUGUUGGGAGCCAAACCUGUCCUCGUAACAUUCUGGGCACUGUAAGCCAGGUAUUUAUUGCUGCUUGAGAAUCUGACAGCAAGUCGGUGACUAGGUCACCAGUGGGGGAAAAUCGGCUCGGAGCAAUACCACAGGUGUCACCAGAACAGGAAGUGAGGGAAAAUCUUCCGGGCAGCAAUAAAAAUCUGGAGUAUCUAACCUUUCCCCAAUCAAUGGGGAACAAAAAACUUAAAAUAUUUAGCCUUCCCUAGAUUUCUAAACAAUUAAAAUGUUAGUGUUUGAACUUAAGUUGCUCAGAUGUGGUUUACCUGUGAUAGCUAGUUUGUUUGCAGUACAUCUGUGCCGUAUUGAAUUCUGUCUUUAGUAUGUGUUAAAAUGAAGUGUAGCUUUGGAAUGGUUUGUGAAUGGGAUAUUUUUCUUCAGGAUAUGACACCCUACAGAUCUUUUUGAAGUAUGGAAACCUCCCUUCAUAUUACCCGAACCUUGAGAUUUCUUAUACAACAGUGUCUUCUCCUUUUGUUAAAGGGAAUUUUGUAUGUGCCUUAUUGAACUUUAAUCAGGGAUUUUUUUUUUUUAAAUGGAUGCAAAAUAAAAUACUUUUUAAUA